UCAUCGAUGAGCUGAUUAAAGAAGAUGGUUUUGCGGAGGAUCCAGGAUCCAGGAUCCGGGCUUCGUUGAUCGAGCCCCCCAAGUUGAUUCCCAGAAGCACCGACUUCACCCCGCCGGGGGAGAUGCGGAGCGCCGGGAGAAUGAGCCUUUUGCAGAACGGGCUGGAGCCUUACGGGAUGUCGGUGGGCCCCGCCCCGGCUUCACCCCAGGAUUCCUUCCCCCAACAGCUGUCCCAGACCCUCAAUAACUUGUCCUUGCGGCCGCAGCUGGUCCCCAGAGGGCUGCUGCCCCCCAGCCGGGAUAUGGAUGCUCCUUGGACAGCUCCUGGCCCUUCGGGGUGCGCCACGGUGGCCCCAGAACCUCUGGAUGACGCCAUGCGGGACCCUCCCAAGCUGGUGAUCAUCGAGCAGCCGAAACAACGAGGGAUGCGCUUCCGGUAUCAGUGCGAAGGGCGGUCAGCCGGGAGCAUUUUGGGAGAAGGGAGCAGCGAGACCAACAAAACGCUGCCUACCAUUGAGGUGAAAGACAUUUCCGUCGUUUUCCGGAAAGAUGCUUGGGAAGGCAAAGCUGAUUUUUCCCAAGCGGAUGUCCAUCGGCAGAUCGCCAUCGUCUUCAAGACCCCCCCUUACCAACACCUGGACAUCCUGGAGCCUGUGGAAGUGGAGGUGUACCUGCGUCGCUUGACGGACAGCGUUUCCAGCGAACCGUUCCCCUUCACCUACCUGCCCAAAGACACAGACUUCUCCUUAUCCUCCCCGGAAGACCGGGGUUUCCUGCCCAGCAUGGAACGUAUCAUGCUGCCGGAUCUCUAUGAGGAAUUUGGUCGGUUUUCCGGAUUUUCACCUUACAGCGGCCCCAGCUUGAGCGACGUGGUUCUGCCCUCUGCUACGAACUACGCAGAGAGACCAGAACAGGAAUUCUUGCUUGAUGCUUAUUCGGUCCAUUCGGGCAUCACCAUCCCUCUGGUGCUGCCCGAGGACUCGGAGCCCGAAGAUGUGGCGGCCUUGGUGGGAAGCAGCAUGUUCCCCAGCCAGUACAAAGAGGAGGAAGGAGAUCUAGAAAUGGAGAACCCCGCAGACGCGUGA